AUGGAAAACUUCGCGGAAAACGUAGCUAGACUUUGUAUAGAGAAAUACAAUUUCAUAAAAGAAACUGGUAAACCUAAUGCUCAUGAAUGGACUGUGUUGUCUGGUAUUGUUUUAAAAAACGCUGACGGUUUAAUGUCUCUGGUGGCACUUGCUACUGGAACGAAAUGUUUAGGAGAUUCGGAAUUGACGAAAGGUUCUCAAGAAGAAAAAGGUUCUCGAUUAAGCGAUUCUCACGCAGAGGUUCUAACUAGGCGUGCGUUUAUGCGUUACUUAUAUGAACAGAUCGAUUUAACUCUAAGUGGCUCUAGAAGUGAAAUUUUUUCACAGAAUGAUAAAAAUAAAAUAGAAUUAAAUAGCAACAUAUCAUUUCAUUUUUUUUCAAGUCAAACACCAUGUGGGGAUUGUUCCAUUUUCCCUAAACUAGAAAUAAAUGAUCUGUCUCCAUGUAAGAUUAGAUGUGGUAACAAAGACACUAAUGGACAUAUAAUCACAGAGUCAUAUUACAAAGAUAUACAUAGAACAGGGGCAAAAUGCGUGAAAGGAGAAAAAAUACAAGAUCCUCGUUUGCCUGGUGUAAAUUAUCACAUUGUGGGUCCUUUGCGUACCAAACCAGGUAGAGGAGAUCCCACAAGUAGUUUAUCUUGUUCAGAUAAGAUAGCAAAAUGGCUUAUUCUUGGUCUACAAGGAUCACUCCUAUCAUUGUUAAUACCAUCAAUAAAGCUGGAAAGUAUCACAAUUGGAGGUGACUCUCCGUUUUCUUUGGACGCCAUGGAACGUGGAUUAUAUAAGAGAUUUAACAAUAAGUUGUCUAGACUUAAUAUUUUUCAAGCAAAAACUGCCUUUAUACAUAAAAAAGGACAACAAAGAUCAUAUCCUUGUCCAAUAAGCAUUAUAUGGUGUGCUGUAAGGAACAGUGCAUUAGAGAUAGCAGUUGCAGGCAGAAAACAAGGGAUAACAAAAAAGACAAAAGGCAAUAAUUUACUUAUAACUAGACGAAUGCUUUUGCAAAGCUUCCUACAAAUUUUUGAUAAAUAUCAAAAUUACUAUAAUAAAAUAAGACAUCCAAAAAAGAUUACAUAUUAUGAUUGGAAGCAAUGGUCAACAAUUUAUCAAAAUGAAUGGAAACAAUUUAAACAUGAAUCAUUUUAUAAUUGGCCAUGUAAAUCAAAACAUUUGCAAGAUUUUGCAUUAUAA